CCGUCACGUGAUUUUGACAUUUCGGCCAGUCUGCCAAAACCCGCAUUUGACAUUUCGCCUAGUGCCCUCAACCCCCGAAAAAACGAAGAAAUCGGGUGUAAAAAAGGCACUCGACGAUGAAGAAGGUGUAAUUUAGGGAAAGCAUCCCAUUCUGCAUACUUGUUCAAGCGCGAGGUCCAUAAGGCGCAUCCCGGUCUCAUUUCACGUGCUAGAACCGACUUGACGAGCAGGACAAUGGCACAGGCUAUCAAGGGGGCGAUCACCGCGCGGCUGCGAAGUCUAUGCGGGGCGCGAUUGCUGGGGAGCUUCGCCCGGAAUCAACAAAAUCAAGACUUGAUGAAGUUCGCCUCGACCACGGAUUUCUUAUUGGGGAAUCUCAAGAGCGCGCCGAACACGAGGACCGUGCUGGAGAUGGUGGCGCAGCACAACAACAUCAUGAACAACAAGCACAUCAUGCAGGCGCUGCGGACGUUGUUUACGUUACAGAAGAACGGAAACUCGGAGCUAUCAACGAACGAAAUUCUAGCUCACAAAGACUUUAAGAAACUGUGUCGGAAGCUGCGGACUCAAGCGCCGGGGAUCGAGCUCGGGGACACCAUAGAAGCGUUGAAAGUAGUGUCUUACGUAGGGGUUUCAGCUGAAAGCACAAUUUUUCAAGUGUUGCUUCAGUUAAUCAGACACAACGUGAACCAGCUCAAUUUGCAACAAAUCAUUUUUCUUGAGUUUUUGUUGUCUCAAGCGGGUGCGUCGCCUCUGGUCGAAGCGUUAAAAAUCGCGCUUCCAAUGGUUUUUGAGAUUCAUCUACCCGUCAAGAUGGAUUAUCCUAAUCCGGCUCAUUUAGCCGAAUAUUUGUAUUUCGCGUCGCGAAAUAACCUGAGUGAAGACUCGGUUGAAAGAAUUGUUAGCGCGUUGUUGGAGCAUCCGGAGUUUGAUGUUAAAACGGCCAGGAGUAUCGUGUGGUCGGUUUGCGAAAUGCAAGGUCACGAGAUGUUUAGACCAUUAAUGAAAAAAGCAAUCGAUUCGUUAGUUGUGCAUUUAGACGACUUAAGUUUCAACGAUAUGGAGACGACCCUGACGAAACUCAUCUCGCGCUUUACCAGAAAACACAGCUACUUUUACAACCAAACGUUCUACGAAUCGUGCGCCAACCACGUCAUAGAUAAAGAUCUGGGUUUCAAGCAGUCAAUCUAUAUCUUACGAAAGUUCGGACGUUUGAAUUUCUUCCACCAAUAUCUCCUCGACUACAUGUGCAAGAAAGUCCACGAAAACCCCGACGUUCUAGCCAAAGCAGACCCCGUAGACGUUUAUAGCAUUGCAGUGGCGACAUCUAUGACCGACUACAAACCACCGCAUUGGGACACCGUUAAAAAUAUCAUCGCCAGAUCGGAAAAUGUGGCUAACUCGGACCGAAAAGAGAUAAUCUGGAUUAAAUUCGCCGCUUCGCUUUGCCUCCUAGACAUAUUUAAGCUCGACGUUUUAAACAAAUGUUUGAACGCGAGUUUUUUGCAGCAGUUAUUUAGCAAACGAAAAUUUAUGUCUGACUUUGAGAAUUACGUCACCGUUUGGCAGUCUAUCAAGUUAUUUAGGCCCGAGUUCAACUGUUUGUUAACACCAGCGUAUGACCCAGAGGCCUUGGUGAAGAAUUUUAGGCAGUCGUUGGAGUUUCCGUUGGAGGCGGCGUUGCAUAAGGCUUUGGGGGGCGAGGGGUACGUCAAAACGGAUCUCCACUCGAAAUCGGGGGUCCAAAUAGAUCACGCUGUAGUCUUUAGGAAGGGUGGAUAUCCUGUGGCUAUGAAUUUUCCAGAAGAUGUUGAGUUCAUUGAGGAGAUUGAAGUGCCACCAGACAACCAGCUAGUUGCCAUUCUAGGACUGCGACACUUCAGUUAUACUUUAAAUAAUAGGAUAGCGAGGAGUUCGACGAACCUAAAUGUCAAAGUUUUAGAGUCACAGGGGUAUCAGGUGGUCCCCGUAAACUUAGAAGUUUGGGAAGGUUUACCAGACUUUGAGAGAAUUCCCUACAUAAUGCGUGCUAUUAAAGAGCGGACUGUUGGUGAUUUGAAUGUGUCAGAGAGCGUAAUUUAAUAGAAAAAUUUCUCUAGUUAA